CCCCCCGCGCUGCCCAUUGUGCCGUGGCGCCUGCGCCGCGCGCGGCCUUGCGGGGGAGGGGCUGCCCGUGCCGCUGCCAGCGUCGCCGCCAUGGACCUAGGACCCUUGAAUAUCUGUGAAGAAAUGACUAUUCUGCAUGGGGGCUUCUUGCUGGCUGAGCAGCUGUUCCGCCCCAAAGCAUUGGCAGAAUUGACAAAGUCUGACUGGGAGCAUGUUGGGCAGCCCAUUGUGGAGGCCUUGAGGGAGAUCUCCUCCACAGCAUGCUCCCAACCCUUUGCCUGGAAGAAGAAAGCUCUGAUCAUCAUCUGGGCAAAAGUUCUUCAGCCUUACCCUGUCACCCCUUCUGACACUGAAACUCGGUGGCAGGAAGAUGUGUUCUUCUCCGUAGGCAACAUGAUCCCUACCAUCAAUCACACGGUCCUUUUUGAGCUGCUCAAGUCCCUGGAAGCUUCUGGACUCUUUAUCCAGCUCCUAAUGGCCCUGCCCACCACCAUCUGCCGUGCAGAACUAGAGCACUUUUUGGAGCACAUGAUGAUUGACACUUCGUCAAAGGAUGUGGCCUUUUUCCUUGAUGUCUGGUGGGAAAUGAUGAAGCACAAGGGCAAUCAGCAGGACCCCCUGCUCUCUCAGUUUAGGACAAUGGCCCAUAAGUACUUGUCCUCUACAGAUGAGUUCUCCCAUCCUCCAAAGAGGUUUAAGUCAGACCCAGAUGUGUGUCCUACCAUGCCACUGUUGACCAUGCUGCUUACGGGGCUGAAGCAAAUUCAAAAUAGAAUCCUGUGCCCUGGGAUGAAGUGCUGUGCAUUAGCCAACUUGGCUGACAUGCUCACUGUGUUUGCACUGAUGGAGGACGACCCCCAGGAAGUGUCUGCAACUGUAUAUCUAGACAAACUGGCCACAGUGAUCUCCGUGUGGAAUUCAGACACCCAGAACCCAUAUCACCAACAGGCACUGGCAGAGAAGGUAAAGGAGGCAGAACGGGACGUCAGCCUGAGCUCACUGGCCAAACUCCCGAGCGAGACGAUUUUCGUGGGGUUUGAGUUCCUGCGCAGCCUGCUGCGGGAGUGGGGGGAAGAGCUGCAGACCAUGCUCAAUAGCAGCCAAGGGACCAAUUAUGACAGCUAUCGGCUGUGUGACAGUCUGACUUCCUUCAGCCAGAACCUGAAGCUGUACCUGAAUACCACGGGCUUGUCCAAGGAGGAGAGGCAGGUAGUCUCCGAGCUGGCAGAGUGUGUCGAAGACUUCCUGAGGAAAACAAACAGGGUACUGAAGAACAAGGGCUUCGAGCAGGACAUCACUGCCUCGAUCGCCAUGGCCAUUAUUGAGCAGAAGAUGGACCGGCAUAUGGAAAUGUGCUACAUUUUUGCUUCUGAGAAGAAGUGGGCCUUCUCAGACGAGUGGCUAGCAUGCCUGGUUAAUAACCAGGCUCUCUUCCGAGAGCCAGACUUGGUGUUAAAGCUGCUGGAAACAGUGAUAGAAGUCAGCACGACAGACAGAGCCAUCCCCGAACCUCAGCUCAAACAAGUGAUCAACUUGAUCCUGGAAUGUUAUGCAGACCUGUCACUUCCAGAUAAAAAUAAAGUCCUCUCAGGUGUCCUGCUUUCCUGGGGGCGAAAGGGCCUCUCUGAGAAGUUGCUAGCUUACUUGGAGGGGUUUCAGGAAGACCUCAAUACGACUUUCAACCAGCUUGCUCAGAGUGCCUCUGAACAGGGCUUGGCUAAAGCUGUAGCUUCUGUGGCCCGCCUGGUAAUACUGCACCCGGAGAUGACAGUGAAGAAAAUGUGCAGCAUGGCUGUGGUCAAUCUCGGCACCCAUAAGUUCCUGGCUCAGAUUCUCACUGCCUUCCCGGCCCUUAGGUUCACAGAAGAGCAGGGUCCAGAUCCAUCCAUCACUUUCAUGGUGUCAUGCCUCAAAGAAACUGUGUGGACAAAGUUCUCUACACCCAAGGAAGAAAAGCAGUUCUUGGAGCUCCUGGGCUACCUGGUGAGGCCUGUGAAGCCCCAGGGGAUUCCAGUUGCUGCUCUUCUUGAGCCAGAUGAGGUGCUAAAGGAGUUUGUCCUGCCUUUCUUGAUGCUAGAUGUUGAAGAGGUGGACCUCAGUCUGAAGAUCUUCAUCCAGACUCUUGAAGCCAAUGCGUGCCUGGAGGAAUACUGGCUCCAGACGUGUUCUCCAUUCCCCCUCAUCUUCAGCUUGUGCCAGCUCCUGGAUUGCUUUAGCAAGUACUGGCAGCUCCCCAAGGAGAAGCGCUGCCUCUCCUUGGAUGGCAAGGAUCUGGUGAUCCAUAUUCUGGAGCUCCUCUGUGAGACUGUAUUAGCUAAUGCCAAGACCUUCUCCCCAGACACCUGGAUCAAGUCCUUGUCCUGGCUCCACCGGAAGUUGGAGCAACUAGACUGGACUGUGGGCCUGAGACUGAAAAACUUCUUUGAGGGCCACUUCAAGUGUGAGGUGCCAGCCACACUUUUUGAGAUCUGCAAGCUCUCUGAGGAUGAGUGGACCUCCCAGGCCCACCCUGGCUAUGGGCCAGGCACAGGGCUUCUUGCCUGGAUGGAGUGCUGCUACAUCUCCAGCAGCAUCUCUGAACGGAUGCUCUCCCUCCUGGUGGUAGAUGUGGGUAACCCUGAGGAGGUCAGAUUGUUCAGCAAGGGCUUUCUGGUGGCCCUGGUGCAAGUCAUGCCUUGGUGCAGCCCCCAAGAGUGGCAGUACCUUUACCAGUUGACCAGGAGACUGUUGGAGAAACAGCUCCUGCAUGUCCCUUAUAGCCUGGAAUAUAUUCAGUUUGUUCCUCUGCUCAACCUGAAGCCCUUUGCGCAGGAGCUCCAACUCUCCGUACUCUUCCUGAGAGCUUUCCAGUUUCUCUGCAGCCAGAGUUGUCGUAAUUGGCUUCCUAUGGAAGGCUGGAGCCAUGUAGUCAAACUCCUCUGUGGCAGUCUGACCAACCUCCUGGACUCAGUGAGGUUAAUACAAUCAGUUGGCCCAUGGGCCCAAGGACAAGAACAGGACCUGACUCAGGAGACCCUGUUUUUUUACACUCAGGUAUUCUGUCAUGUUCUGCACAUCAUGGCCAUGCUCCACCAAGAGGUGUGUGAACCACUCUACGUUUUGGCCUUGGAAAUCCUCACCUGCUACGAAACGCUGAGCAAGACCAACCCUUCUGUUAGCUCCUUGCUCCAGAAGGUAAAUGAGCAGCGCUUCUUAAAGUCCAUUGCCGAGAACAUCAGCCCUGAGGAGCGGCGCCAAACCUUGCUGCAGAAGAUCAGCAACUUCUGACCUUGUAGAUCAGAAGACACUGGGCCUCAACUUGGUGGGGUCUGCAGGGGCUAGAGCUGAGAAACACAAACUUUUUGGUUAUCUGAAAUUGUCCACAAGCCAAAAAGUAUAUGGCAAUAAUGGUGUAAAGAAAGUAGUUUCUUAGGUAUUUGUAACAUACAAAUUAUAAUAAAAGUCUCUUGUUUCCUCUUGUC